GGAAAUACAGGAGUUGCUGUAGGAACAGUGGGUUUUCUUAUGAAAACGUCUGUAAGAUGACUACAAUAACUUCUUCAGAAGGAGAUACAGAGGUGGUCAGUGCCAGAAGAACAGAAUCGCAUGAUGUUUCAAAUAUUAAGAGCCUCUUCAACUAUUUUACAGAAGUCGUUUUUGGAAGGAUUGAUGUAGUGGCCCUUUUAGAAAAGUCAAAUCUUGCAUUGACACUCUGCAAUGAGAAGAAUGAAAUUAUAGCCAGUGCUGUCUUUCUGGACUAUCCAAAUUGGGAUGUCACUGAUCAGUCUGAUUGGGAAUCAUUCUUACAUGAAAACUACGUUAACAAUAAAUGCACUCCUUUGAACACAUUGUUCAUGCAUCUUUUUGUGGCAAAACAAGAAUAUGCAGCUGGAUGUUCCCAAGAAAUUGUUAGGAGAGCUUUCAUCACAGUACCAGAACUGCAGUUUAUACUUCUCUUCAUGCCAGCGAUUGAGGAUUUAGAGCCAAACAUGGGAAAUGUCUUUGAAAUUAUGAAGACUGCUCCAGGUUCAGUAGUGGAUUUAGAUUUUACCUUGCUCAUGUGCCCCAGACAUCAGUGUCACCCACAGUUGUAUGUGCGCCAAGCAAGACUGGAAGAUUAUGAUGAUCUCCUGCCAAUCCUGACACACCAGUGUGAGGAUUUGAAAAUAAAAUUUCAGAAUGAAUAUUUCCUUGCUGAUCUUAUAGAAAGUCAAGAUGAAGACAAUCAGGCAGUUGUUUGUGAGGAUGCUGACAUUGCAGUAGGAUUCAUGAGCCUAUGUUCUCAAGUAAAUGUUUCCUUGUUUCAAGAGUGUUUUGAUUUAGGGCCUUUCCAUGGACUCUGUAAACCACAUCCUGAAGAUAUUCUCAAAAUGCCACAGAAGCCAAGCAUUCAAGAAGAUGAAGAUAAAAGCAACCAAACAAGUCAAGAAACAGAGUCUGUUUCAUCUGCAAGCUUUGAAUGCGUUCAUGAUCAGGAUGCAGCUGUGCAGAAAGAUGGAGCCACUGCUGUUUCCCAUACUGAACUGCUGUUAGAUGAUGUCAAAGCCUCAGCAACACCCCUUCUGGAGACUGAAGAAAAAGUUGCUUUUCAUCCAGUGUACAGAGGAGCUUCAAAUGCUUUCUGUAUCCGUCUGUUUUGUAUUGAUGAGAAGCAUGAAACUAGGUCACUGGAUUUUUUGCAUUAUGUUUUCAAGCUUUUCCCAGACAAAGACUUCUGUGUCUUCCUCCUGCCACAUCAUGUACCAGAGUUCUACCUGCUCCGGAGUUUUGUUCGAGUUGUCCCUUUCUGUACUUCCAAAGUUGGUCAUGAGCUUUAUGUGUUCCACCGUGCAGGAUUGCUGAAGUCAUUUAAUGUAAGAAAGGCAACAACCAAUGACCUGGUUGGUGUUAAAAUGCUCGUUAAAACCCUUAGCUUGAAUGAAAGUAUGUUGAAUGACUUAGAAAUAUUUAUUCUGGCUCGCAGGGAUCCAGAUGGGACCCCGGUACAGGCUUUUGUAGCGGAAGUUUUGGAUCAAAUAGUUGGCAUUUCUGUCAUUAGAGAUGAAAUGGAUAUUGAGUAUAUUCGAUCACAUUACAACAUUGAAGAUUUUAUUAAUUUUAAUCUCUACCAGCAAGAGGAACAUGGACAUCUUUACCACUUUGUCUUAAAUCCUAUAUUUCAUCACUAUGCAAAACACUUUCUAAAAGAGAUUCUUCGCUUGGGCCACAAAUCUUCUCUUUACUAUCCUAUUUAUCCACAGUAUGUGGAAGGCAAGUUUCAGAAUCCCUGUGCCCAUUCCCUGACAUCUGCCCUUCAUUACAUGGUUCCCGUGCGACCACGACGACAGAUUGUCUAUCCUCUGGAAGAGCUUGGCAUAAACGCUCCAUCAGAGCAGGUCUCCAAGGAUCAGUUGAGCUAUUCUUUGAACCACAUAAAUCGAAAGCUGCUACUGGAAUCUAAAGUAUCUAUCAACACUAGAAUUGUGGUGGUUGGUGCAUCCGAUGUUGGAAUCGCUUUCCUGGAAACACUCAUUUUUUGCCCUCAUCUGAAGUUCAACAAUCUGACCUUGAUUUCAAUUCAUGGCCUUCCAGGAAAAGACCGACGAGGCUCCAAACAUAGAAGAUUUUUAAUUAACAGCCACUGUUUUAAUGAUGAAGAUUAUGCACAGAUGUCACUUUGUUCCUGGGUUAACGUCGUGGUUGGUAAAAUGACUGGCAUAAAUCGCACUGCCAAAUAUGUAGUUGUUUCCAAAGAGAAAAAAGUACCAUAUGACUACCUUGUUCUCUGCAUGGGACUGAAAUACCAGGUCCUGGCUCCCACAGGAGCAGAUAUCAGUACACUCCCAACUAACAGAGAAGUCACGAGUAAGUGGCCACAGAGAUACACAGGGAAAGUCCCUUCCAAUCAUUUUACUCUCAAUGAUGAUCAGGACUGCUUAAGGGCAAUGCACUGGCUGAAGGAAAACAUUGUCAACUUGGAAGGGAACGUCAUUGUCUAUGGGAAUACAAUUGACAUUUACACCACGGUAGAGACCCUCUUAUCUCUUGGAAUUGAUGGUUCUCGCAUACAUCUGGUAAAGCCUCCACUCAGCUCCAAUGUUACUUGCCUUAACAACAACGAUAUCGAAAGUGCUGUUCAGGAGGCUCUGUCAGAGGCUGGCGUGUCUGUUUAUUGUGACAGCAUCCUGGCACAGUGGAACCGAAGCGACGACCCAGACCUUAUCACAUGUGCUGCUUUCACUACUAAUACAAAACCCUUUAAAUUGCAGUGUUCAGCAUUUUUUAGCUUUGCCUACAGGACAGUGGAUUAUGAAACCUUUAAGGCAAUUAAUGAUGCUUGCCUUGUUUUUGAUGGAAGACUAGUGAUCGACACCAAGUUCCACACUAAUGAUGUCAGUAUCAGGGCUGCAGGUCCUUUAACAAAGUACUCCAGGAGAUAUUAUGUAGAGGAAUGGACACACAGCAACUUCAAUUCAAAAGAGAUUGGCUUUGAGCUUGCCACAUCCAUGCUGCAUCUCUUUGACCCAAGCCAUAAGCCCAUUUCUGAGCCACCAGAAGGCUCAGAUAGACUCAUCCCCAUGUACAAGGGCUGUCAAAUUAAAGGAGGUGUUCUUCCUGGAGGAUAUAAUUACUUGCAUAUUUCCAAACCAGAAAUCCCCAUCCGCUUGGACUUACAACUUGCACUGUGUGAUCAUGGGAUGGAGUUUAUAACUGGAGAGGCAAGACAUGGGAAUUAUUUCAGGAUGCACAUCAACAAAUACAGUAUGGUAGAUAGCAUCACCUGCUUUUCAGUGGAACCCUUUCCUGUCUCCAACUACAUUUGCCUAUAUGGACAGCAUGAGCGUCUCCUUAAUGAUCUUUGUUACCGCUGGAAUGAGGGGCAGAUCACAGAUCUUUACAGCUACUUCAGGGAAUCUUGGUCCAUGGCCAUCUAUCACGAUCGGUUUAUUGAUCUCAAGAAGGAACUGCGCCAAAUCCUGAUCUCGGAACAGCACAGGCAGGCAGAGACUGAGAUGGGCAGAGACGGCGGCAGGGCGGUGGCACGAGAGAGGUGGCCUUGCUCCGGAAGACGGGACACUUUUGGGAAUACAUCCUCCCGUGGCGGUGACUUGGACAUUCUUUGUGACGGCUGUCUGCCUGCUCCAGUUAAACCACCUGUUCCCUGUGGAAAAGAAUGGCUGUUUGUAGGUAAUAAUAAACCCCCCUCACAGUGCGGGAGCUGUGGGAGGACCACAGUGCUUUUGAGACAAACUCUGUUUUUUAACCCUUUUCCUACGCGGGGGAGAAGCUGAUUUCCAGGAGGGACAUAGAGCAGAGCAAAGGCUGCACUGGGCUGGGGACAGGGAGCCUGGGUGCCUGGGGGGUCAGUGACCCAACUCCAGCUCCACACAGGUUUGAUGUUUGUCAGGACAAGGAACCAAGUCAUCAUUUCAUUUGCUAAUUUUACAGUUUUUCAUAUGUAAAUGAAUGUAUUGCAGUAACAGUUCAAAGGGAAAGAACAACAACAAAAGUGAGGAAAAUGCUGAACAUCUGCAUGGGACCUGUAAUAAAUUAUAAUUCUGCGUUCAAAAAAACUAUUAUUUUGCUACUAUAUUAGUAUAUUGUAUAUGGAUUAUCUGCACAAGUAUAAUUCAUAAUGCUAGUAGGGUAUGAAAUAUGAGAUAUAAUGUAUCAUAAUGUCUAUAAGGUAUAUAUUGCCUACUGUAGAAUGGCUAUUAUAAUUCAUUAUAUACAGUACAUAAGAUUAUAUAUUCAUUAUAUAUAAUUAUUGAUAUAUUAUCAGUAUUCAUAUAAUGAAAUAAUGUUCUCUUGUAGAAUGUAUUAGCUUUGUAGGACUAUAUUAUGGAAUAUAGAGUAUGCACUAGAUAAUGCACUGUUGUGUAUGUACUCGUGUACAUACAGAAACCAGCGUAUGUGGAGAUGCACAUAUGUAUGUGUAAUACAUAUGUACAUAUUAUGCAUAAUCUGUAGUAUUAUAAACCGUUGUACAUAACGCAUUGCAUUUUUUAUGAAGUAGAUUAUAGAUGCAUUAUGCAAUAUAUAGUAACAUGCAUUAUAAUUAAUUGUAUAAUCUAUUGUAUAUUAUUAAUAUUGAGAUUAUUAAUGCUAAAAUUAUUUAUGGAACUGUAUUUUCUUAUGUAAAUAAUUUAAUAAAUGCAUACACCAUAUAUUAUGCAUACAAUAUUAUAGUUCAUAUAGUAAUGUUAUAGUUCAUAUAGUAAAGUGCACAGAUACCUGAAGUAUACUCUGUGUAUGCUUGCAUAUAUAUACACACAAACAUAAUGUAUGUUAUAUAUAACCUUUAUGUAGCCUAGAAUCCUUAUUUUGAUAAAAAUGAGUGCAUAAUGAUAUUAAUAUUAUUAAAUGUUAAUUUAUUAAUUAUAUAGUGCAU